UAGCUUUAAGAGUUAGCCGGAAGAGUUGGCAACACUGAAAAGAAGCGAUUUGGGAAUCUCAAACAACACAAACACCAGCCACGGUCACACCGUACCAAAGUGGAAAGAAUUAGAAAAUUUUGACAAAAAUCGCAAACAAUGCAUUGUAAAUAAAGUGCGCGCAGACAGUAGCCCAAAAAGAAGCGGCCACCAUUGCGAGAGUUUUGGAAACUGUCGCAGAAACCAAGCGUGGUGCCAGCAAAAUCGCGGAAAUUGCAGAAUUUGCCAGCGGCGAGUGAAAAGCAACGAGUGCUGGCCAAUGUGCUGCAGCCCCCCGAUACCCCCGCCGCCCGCGAGCCCCGCCACCCGCUGAAGCGCAAAAUAUAUGCGACUGUGUGUUUGUAGUUGUAGUUGUGAGCAGCCUUUGUGAGCAGGAGAAAGAAAAAGGUAGCGAUAGAGGCGAGGAAGCACACGGAGGCGGAUAAAAGCCAAUUAGUAGUACCCGGGAAGCUGUCCGGUGUCCAGGCGCGGAUCCCAGCCAGCGCCGCCAAUUGCGGUUGAGAUGCAGCAGCAGCUGCUCCACACCGCGCUUGCUGUUACUGUUGCUGUUGUUGUUGUGCUUUUUGCACCCACCACACGUAACUAGAGCACCCACACAAACACAUACACAGAGCAGGGGUAUAGCGUAUCGGGAAAGCGCCAAGUAGAUGCAACACCACGGAUUCGGAAUCGCAAUCGGAAUAGGAAUCGGAAUCGCUAGCUGAAACACUGGAGAUGAUUUGCAAACAGGACGUGCUGCUGUGGUUUGAGAAACUCGAGAGCUACAAUCGGAUCGAGAUGAUGUACGCCCUGCUAACCGCCUGCCUGCCGUUCGAGCUGCGUUUCCUGGGCACGCUGCUGGAGGAGCAGGGCAGGUGUGACUCGGAGACGUUGCGCGGCAUGGAGUUGCGGGCGAAUAACCCGCACGAUCUUGCCGCCGACAUGCUCACCUGCCAGAAGGGCGACCCCACCGACCGCAAGAUUCGGCGCAAGAUGGCCCUUUACCUGGCCCUAAUCCGCGCCUGCAAUCGCAAUUGUGUUAGCGAGAUCUAUCGUACCCUGGAGUGCUGGGGUGAGUGCGAUUUCAGCUGCAUUAACGACCAGGAUACCCUUCUGGAGCUGCUGCUCGUCUAUACGAUGGCGGCCAUCCAUCCCGUUUUCUCCAUGGACGAGCAGAAAAAGAUAUUCGGCAUCCUGGCAAAGAUCAAGGAGAACAAGCUGGUGGCCGAGCGGUUUCACCCAACAGCACAGAUGGAGUCCUCGACACAGGCCCAGGCUCAGACGCAAACACAGCCAACUCCCCAGCAUCCGCACCCGCCGUCCCCGCACGAUAUGAUCAUCCAGCAACAGCCCCAGCACGUGAUCCAUCAGAUGCAGGCUCCGCAGCAACCACCGCCGCAUCCUCAGCAUCCCCAGAUGGUGCAGGUGCUGCAGACGCCCCAGGGAAAUAUUCCCAUGAUAUUUUCUCAGCACUUUUCCAAGAUCCUGCCUGAUCAGAUUAGUGUCGACGGCAUGCCGCACCUGAUGCAGUCCAACAUCACCAUUCCAGCGGAUACAAGUGCUAUGCUUGGCCACCAGAACGCGCCGUGGUCGAUGCGUCACUUUGCACCACCGCCGCCACAGCAAACGACCGCUCCGCAGCAGCAGCAGCAGCCGCAGAGCUUGGACCAUCAAGUGCCACCGGCCAGCUCGCCCAUGCUGAGCCAACAAUCGUCGCCGUCUAGCAGCCGUACGACGAGUCCCCAGCGGGAGCGCUCCCUUGGCAAUGUUCCGAUGCAGGCACAGCAGACGCAACAGCAACAGAUGAGGAGCAUGUCGCAAAGGAUGACGGGACCGAAAAACGCGAGACGUCCUUCUGCGGAGACGACGCCGCCGCCCACUUCCAUUGGCGGCGAGCAACAACAUGAUAAUAUGAUUGAUGGCGGAAGCAGCAAUUCCAGCGGCACUAGCUUGCACAGUAUCAUCCGCAAUGGUUUCCCUCGGCCUGGACACCAUCAUCGGGUCAAAGCAAACCCCUUUAUUCCGCAGCAGCAACACUUUCAGAACAGUAACUUCAACAUGAACGCGAUGAUGCAGAAUAUGAGCAUGAACGAUGAUGGCAGCGGUUCGGUGAUACCUAUGAAUUCCAAUAAAAGUGCCGCCACUACAGGUAGCGAGUCGGGCAGCUCAAAUGGAUCCUGUGGUGACCUUUCGCCAUCAGAAACUCCAACACCCACCCAGGUGCCAGUGCCGUUGCACACUGCAGUGGAUGCCAAUAUGGGCAUGGUCACUACGGUGAUACCCACCGGCCUGGGCAGCUAUCCACAAAAGCAGCACCACCUUAGCUACAAACAGCAACAACAACUAAAUAUCCAGCAGCGGCUCAAUGGGCGAAAUGGGAUGGAUAAGAACUACCAGCAGAUAUACACGACGGGUGCCCCCGGAAGUGUAGUUAGCGAGGCGCAGACCUCCCAGCAGCAGACACUGUUGAUCAGCCCGGCACCGGUGAGUACGCCGACGACAACAGUUCUGCUGCAGCCUCAACAACCGCCGCCCGCCGCCUUCAAUGCCGCCAGCUAUCCAUAUCACCAACGAGGACCCCCGCCGCCGCAGCAGACUAUAUUCCAACCACAUGGUGCGCCACCACAGACGGUGCGCGGUGGCUUCCGUUAUUCGAUGGGCCCGCCUCACAAUGGUGAACUCCUUUAUCCCUUCCCAACGGGCCUGGCUUUCCUACCAGUGCCUACGGCCGGCACCCCAACGGCUGUGACGCCACCACAGCUCGCGAACACGGCAGCUGUGGUCAGCACGAACGCGGCGACCGUACCGACGGCGCCACAACAGAUACCCAGCACGCCAUCUGCAUAUAGCGCGCUGGCCGUCUGCCCCAUAACGGGAGCAGGUGGCGGCGGUAACACCCAGAAGGUGAUCUCCUGCUACAAUUGCGGCUCCCAAACGCACACGGGUCGGGAGUGCCAGGAGGCAUCCAUGGAGGAUGUGACGCGCAGUGCCAGCUACAAGCUGGACUACUCGGAGACGAGCUUGGAUACGAACUCGACGGGGGAUCAUCACAAAGAUGUUGGGAGUAUGCAAAUGAGCACGGCGACGGCGGGGACGGUUAAUAGUACGGGGAAAUAGUAUCGAAGGUCCAUAUAUACGCGGGCUUAUAUGGAACUAUAAUUAUAAACUAUAUUAACGAUUAUGCAUAAUCCUUACCUACUUAUACGAAUUACCAUUUAUUAUGAUUGUGUAGUGCGGAAAUCAAAUUUCUCGCCUUUGCCACGUCUCUUAGUUCUUAGUUCCGUAAGCCUCUCAAUUCGCGUUACUCGAAGAAGUUCAAUGAUCGGCAGACGGCUGCCUAAGUCUUGACAACCCUUAUCCGUAAAUAAGAAUGAUUUAGACAAGCCAUGCCUACAGAACCCUGCCCUUCCUUUAUCCCCUCACACACACACACAUAGUCGAUAACGAAUUUUAGUCAUAUGCCACUUUAAAUAUUUCUAAAUUUAAGUUGUAUGUACAACAGCAAUAAGUAUAAUCCUAAUCCGCGUUGCGCUGCAGAUCAGUUCAGAAACUGACAACUACACUCACGGUCAGAUGUGUUACAAUUACAAUAACCGAACCGGGAUCGAAUUAAGCUGAAGAACCACUACGUAAGGACACUUUGCGACCAGGACAGGCGUACCAUAAACCAUAAACGUAAUCCUAGGAAAACAGAACACGACGUAGCAUAUGGAAUACUUAGCGAAUAUAUAAAAAAUUGAUUAUGUGUAUAAACAAACGAGCAUAGCAGCACAAUGUGCUUAGUUAACCAUUUUCUUAUUCCAACCAAACCAGACUUACUGAUUAUUAUUUUUCACGCUGUUCCACUUUAAUCCCUCAUCUAUUUAUUUCGCUGCUCCUUUGUUUAGACAUGUAUUUUAGCAAUGUGUUUUUUUGUACUUUAUAUAAAUACCCAUAUAAUUAUAAAAAAAAAAAAGAAAAAGAUAUAUAUAUAUAUAUCUAACACAUAUAUAUGUAAUUAUUUUAAAAACCUACAAUCGUAUAUGAUACACACUAAUGUGGAUAGGGCGUACAUUAUUGCUAAGCACGCUGUCUAAUUAUUAUUUUUUAUG